ACCACUGAAUCCCCUGAUCGCACACAAUCCGACUCAAUCUCCUUCUCAAGAAUUUUUUUGUUCAAAUUGUUGUCAAAAAUAAUUGACAUAAUUAUCACUGCUAAAAAAGCAUAAUAAUCUCUCUAUCCCUUCAGAAUUUUUCUCCGUUUCUGGACUGAUCGAUCCUUAUAGCUUUCUAAUUGUUGUAGAAGAGUUUGUUACUCUCUGGCUUCCGCCAUGGCGGCUUCGGAGCUCGCAACGUAUCGUGCACAGUUGAAGCAGGUUGACGCAGCGUUAAUAACAGAUGCUGAAAACGAGGAGCUGCUGAAGUUGAAGGCUGAUCUUCAGGAUGUCAUCACUCUGACAUUGGACUUGGUCAAACUUAAUCAGGGCGAUAAGAGUGCGGAGUUAACAUCCGAAGUAGCUACUGGCGUUAGCUGUCCGUACUCUAUAGGCGAUGAAUGCCAAGCAGUAUGGAGCAAGGAUGGGAACUACUACGAUGCUAAAGUAGAGGAAAUUGCUGAAGACAGACAGACAUGCACCGUAUCAUUUGAUGGUUGGUCGACUAGCGAAGUUGUGCAGGUGUCGUCGCUGCGUUUGCGUGAAUCACGGAAGAGAUCUGCGGCGGUGGCAGCGGCUGCAUCGAGCACCGAGACGGAGGCAGCAAGCAGUGCGGCGGCUGCUGCUGCACCUGAUGAUAUUGACGGCGAAGAAGUGGAGAAUGAUGCUGACGAAGGAGAGCUUGCAGCAUCAGGUGGUGCUGCGCUUGGCGUGAAGAAGAAGUCACGUGCUGACUAUAUGAAAGAACGAGAAUACCGGAAAAACAGGCAAUUGAAGAAGAAACAGAGAUUAAAGGACAUGGAAGAAGCCAGAGAAAAAGAGAAGAAUAAAUGGCAGAGCUUUCAGAAAAAGAGUUACCGUGAGAAAGGCGGCGGCCUCAACACAAAAUCAAAGAAGAGCAUAUUUGCUACACCGGACAGCAUCAAGGGAAAGGUUGGUGUCGGCACAUGUAACAUUGGAGGCCAGGAUAUGACCAAGUACACAUCCCCAGACAAGUAUCAGCAGCGCUUCUAAACCAACCUGUCUGGCACAGGAAUUUUACGGUAUAACGUGGGCUUGCCAUCAGUAGCAGUUAUUUUCUGGGAGUAUGUGCAUACUCGCCAGGAGGCAGGCCGAGAGCAGGCCCUUAGUUCUUGUAUAUAUUUCCCUGCUGUACAUAUCUGUUCAGGUGUUUUGCUCUGUAAUAUCCUACUCCCCACUGUGCACAUACCCCCCUCCCUCCACAGUCAUUGUCCUUUAUCGUGCAUACAGACUGCCUAAAACUACUCUGCUGGUGCAUAUUUUUACUUUAGUCCACUUUCGUAGCAACUGGUUGCCUAAAAUAUUAGUUGAGAAGUGCCCAAAAGGCUAUCCACGUGAUUUGCCCUGUAUUUUCACUUCUUGCUUCCAGUGCACCGCUAUGCUGUAAAUUUCUCUGUGUGAUUUCUGUAUGCUAUUGGUCAAAUUAUGCUUCUUGUGGUGGUGCCAAGGCACCAAAAAAUAAAUAAAAAACCUUCCCGAUGGAAA